AUGGAGAUAAAAGCAGAAAAACCGGUGUCUAGUGCACGCAGUGAAGUCAUCGUACGCAACGCUCGUUCAGACGAUGUAUCUUAUAUAUACGACAUCAUCAAACUGGAAAUCCCAGAUGACAAUUUACCUCCUCUUAAACGUUUCUCCAGAGACGGGUUCGAGACAUCCCCGCCAUGGUUUCACGUGUUAGUCGCAGAGAGAGACGGCACGAUCGUCGGUUGCGCACUGUACUACCGCCAUUAUUGGCCGCGGCCGUCGCCGCCGGGGCGAGCGCUACUGCUGCGUAUGUUGUGCGUGCGUCAGAGUGCGCGGCGGUGCGGUGUGGGUACCAAACUCUUUCGAGGGCUUUGCCAGGUGGCACUCAAAGAAAACGCACAGUUGAACUGGACGCAUCCAGCAAGCGAUCCUGCACAUGCUUUCUUCACGCAGUUCAAACCUGACAUCAGUGAUGACUUGGACGGGACCUACGUCAUGCGAAUAAGUCCCAAGACUGUUCGUGAAAUUGCCGCAAGCAAAAUGCGCAUCAAUAAAGAUAUUUCAAUUCUUCCGGCGCGGCAAGAGGAUAUGGCAGAGUUUAGCAUGAUGAUACGAGAAAUAUCAGAAAUAAGAGAAACUUUGUACGGUCGACAUCUUAAUGAAAAAGAUUUUAUAGAAGACGGUUUCACCAGCUCCCCGCCAUGGUUCUUCGCGCUAGUAGCAUGGCGAUCGGGUAUUGCGGUGGGCACAGCCGUCGGCACCAGAUUGUACAACUGGGAGCAGAGCCUCGACAUGCAGAGCUUGUACAUACGGCCUGAGGCGCGGCGCUGUGGCUUGGCUAAACAACUUAUCGUGGAAUUUUGUCGUAAAGCCGAGGAAGAAGGCAUCGAUCACGUAGACUUCCACGUGCACCCUGUAAACACAGAGUCGUUGGCGCUGUACGCUAGCUUCGGCGCUCAGAAGCUGUUUGACGACCACGGCUCCUUUCGUCUCGAAGUCGAUAAGAUUGAGAAUAUUUUAGCAGAAAAAUAAACUUCGUCUGAAUUU